AUGCCUCAGUACUUCUUAGUCUUCCUUCUCCUCGCCCUCACCGGUCUAUCGGAUGCCCAGCUAUCCGGCAAGUUCUGUGGGUCUGCCUCUACCGAUUUCGGCGAUUUCGAAGUCGAAAUCACCAUUACAAGCCAAACGACGGCGGACGUUGCCGCUGCAUUCGGUUAUGAUGGAGAAUUGAAAAGGGGUACCGCGAAGGGUGUUACAUUCGUUUACAACCCCUCUAAUGGCGACAUCAAGGUCACGGACAUACAGAAGUUAGACGACCUGAUUGGAGAGAUAUCAGCGCCCAUCAGUGGAUCUGAUCUUGCUUACCUCAAGUAUCUUGGAGACAGCAUUCAGAUCGUGAGUCUGGGCAACUUCGCACUACCCCGCUGUUGA